GCCAUUGGGCGGCGCCGGCGGCUCCUCGGUCCUGGGAGGCGGCGGCGGCGGCGGCGGCGCAGGGAGCCGGAGCGAGGCCCCGCUCUCCGGGGGGGGCACGUCGGAGCCAUGAAGGAAACCAUCCAGGCCAAGAAGCUGUGGGGCCCCAGCCCUGGGCUCCGUGAGCCCCCGAGGCGGGAGAGGCUGCGCCUGGCGUCCCAGGACUGGGAGGAGCCCCAACCCCCGGCCCCCAAGCAUGGCGGCUGCUUCGAAGGCGGGCGCCGGCUGGCCUACACCAAAGAGCAACCCCCGGGCUUCGACAGUGAGGAGGAAGGCCACGCCGGCGACUGGGACUUGCCUCGCGUCGCGGGCUGGGCCCGGAGCAAAACCACCGGGGAGAAGGUGGCCAGGAGCGGAGGCCCGGACUGGCCCUUCGCCGGGGGGCGGCCGCCGCUCCUGGGGGCCAGCAGGCGGCGCUGCCAGCUGCGACGGCGUCAGCGGGCCCGGCGGGCUUUCCGCAUGCUGCUGUAUUCCAAAUGCUCCUCCCUGGCCUUCCCCUGGAAGCUGUGGGGCAAGCUGGCCUGCCGGGGGCGCCGGCGGGGCAGCGCCAAGCGGACUCGCUCCUCCCUCUCGCCCGGCUCCCAGCCCGACGACGACCUGAAAGGCUGCCCCCUGGAGGAGGAGGAGGAGGACUGCCAGGGCGGGGCCAAGCCAGGGCCCUGCCCCUUGCGCUUCCGGCCCCGCCCCUCGCCCCGAUUGGACUACCACCUGGGCGGGGCCUUCGCCCCCUCGCCCCCCCGGCUCACCCUGCUGGGGGCGCUGAUGGGCGAGGAGCCCGGCUCCUCCCCGUACCCGCAGUAUGCCCAGCUGCAGCGGGCGGACGGCGCCAUGGAGGUGGGCGGGGAGGACGGCGCCCGGCUCCCGGCAGAGCGGUCGCCCCCCGGGAGCAGGAGAGAGGCGCCCACGCUGGACGGGGACCCAGGCCCCGCGGGCGCCCUGCCCAACGGCUUCGCCUCCCUGGCCCCCGACGGCGACCUCGGAGCCCUGGCUGCCGCCUCCUCGGACCCCAGCAUCGUCAUCAGCAACGUCUGCAGCAUCGGCGGGGCCCACGCGGUGGAGGAGUUCUUCCGGGCCAAGGAUGGGCCCGGAGGGCCCCCGAGAGAGGCGCCGCCCGGGGAGAAGGCAGCACAACUCAGCCCCUUGCGGGAGGAACACGUCACCUGCGUACAGAGCAUUCUGGAUGAGUUCCUUCAGGCCUACGGCAGCCUCAUCCCCGUCAGCACCGAUGAGGUGGUGGAGAAGCUAGAAGACAUUUUCCAGCAAGAGUUUUCCACGCCACAGAGGAAGGGCACGGUGCAGCAGCUGAUCCAGUCGUACCAGCGGAUGCCGGGCAACGCCAUGGUGAGGGGCUUCCGGGUGAAUUACAAGCGCCACGUGCUGACCAUGGACGACCUGCAGACGCUCUACGGCCCCAACUGGCUCAAUGACCAGGUCAUGAACAUGUACGGGGACCUCGUCAUGGAUACGGUGCCAGACAAGGUCCAUUUCUUCAACAGUUUUUUCUACGAUAAGCUACGAACGAAGGGGUACGAGGGGGUGAAACGCUGGACCAAAAAUGUGGACAUCUUCAACAAGGACCUGCUGCUCAUCCCCAUCCACCUGGAGGUGCACUGGUCCCUGGUCUCCGUGGACGUGAGGCAGAAGAGCAUCACCUACUUCGACUCCCAGCGGACGCUCAACCGCCGCUGCCCCAAGCACAUCUGUAGGUACCUCCAGGCUGAAGCAGACAAGAAGGAUCGGCCGGACUUCAGAGAUGGCUGGAGGGGCUCCUUUAAGAUGAACGUGGCCAGGCAGAAUAACGACAGUGACUGUGGAGCCUUUGUCCUGCAGUACUGCAAGUUCCUGGCGCUGGGCCGGGCGUUCACCUUCACCCAGCAGGACAUGCCGAAGCUCCGGCGACAGAUGUACAAGGAGCUUUGCCACUGCAAACUCAGCGUGUGAGACGCCCCCCCCCCGCACCCACCUCUUCCCCUUCCGGAUGCGGCCACGCGGACACCGCCUCCUCCCCCACUCUGGGGGGGGCACCCUGAACCCCAGGACGGGCAGCGGGAAGGGGCAUUAACUCUGUAGCAUUGGAACUGUUCAAGCCGGGGUGAGGGAGGCAGCUAAUCCCAGCUCCCUCCUGCCCCCGCCAACCAGACUUUUGGGGGACCGUUUUUACUUGGGGGGGGGCAUCCCCCUCUCCCCCGGUUCUGUAUUUUUUUCAUAUUUAAACCCAGUUUCCCUUGUUACAUAUUUGGAGUGGGGGGGUCAUGGUAAAUACACCCCCUACCCCUGAAUUUUGGGGAGACACCGGCUUUGGGGGGAGGGGUGUCACUACGGGGGCGGGGGGAGAAGGAGCCAUUUCUACCCAGACCUCGGGGAAGGGGGGCAGAGGGGAGAUGACGUUGGAAUCUCUACCCCCACCUUUUCUUCUCCCAUGGGUUAUUUGUGUUAGUGAAGUUGUAUGUUGGGGGGGUGGGGGGGGGACACAAGUUUAUACACUGGGCUGUGAGAUGAGAAGCUUUUUUUUUUAUAUAUAUAUAUAUAUAUAUAUAAUGCGGCGGGAAAUUGUUCUGGGCAAUAAACUUUGUUUCUUUGGAGAA